ACUAACAAUGUCAACGCUUGGUGUCAGUGUGGUUCAGCGAUUCUGUGCAUUUGGCAGCAUUUUACGUCACGAGCUUCAUUCGAACCAAGCCUCCUACACUCUCUGUCUGAAACAGAACUGCUUACUUGAUCUUGACGUCGCAAUUGCCACCGAGUCGUGUUUUUUUUUUUAAGUCUGAGCAUUUUUUUUUUAAAAAUAAACCUAGGGCGUCGUUCAGAACCAUGACGCACUAAGUCUCUGAAAUAACUCGACGUAUUUAAUGGACUAUUGUUUUUUUUUUAUAUUCAAGUCAUGGAACAAAGAGGAGAAUACAAAUCCUGGAGGGAGCGACGUUGUUGGUUUGCCUUCUUGGUGGUUUUGGAUGUUUUAUGGAGCGGGGCUGUUGCGCAGAUCAGAUAUUCCAUAUCCGAGGAGGUUGAAGAUGGAACCGUGGUCGGGAAUAUAGCGAAGGAUUUGGGACUAGACAAGAGUGCGCUCAAAGACAGGGGGUAUCGCAUUGUAUCAGGCUCAGGCGAGCCGUUGUUUCAGGUGAAUGAAAUCGACGGUGUCCUGUAUGUGAAACGUAGGAUAGACAGGGAGGAGGUGUGCGAACGGACCAGCCCGUGUUUGAUCCAACUGAAAACGGUGCUAGAAAACCCGCUGGAGAUUCACUAUGUGGCCGUGGAAAUACUUGACAUAAAUGACCACUCGCCUGUUUUCCCAGAGAAGGAAAAACGGCUCGAGAUUUCCGAGUCGGCUCUAGCAGGGGCGAGAUUUCAACUGCAGGCAGCGCGCGACCCCGACGUAGGCCAGUUCUCCAUCCAGCAAUAUCGACUGAGUCACAACGAGCAUUUCAGGGUAGAAGUCAAGGAUCGAGGCCAGGACCGAAAAGUACCAUUUUUAGUUCUGCAGAAACAGCUGGACAGAGAAGCAGCUGGGAAACACAGGCUGCGUCUCACAGCCGUUGACGGAGGAAAACCGGUGAAAUCUGGAAGUAUAGACAUACUUGUGGAUGUAAUCGAUAUUAACGACAACUCGCCCGUGUUCACAAAAGAGCUGUACUCUGCCACACUGAAGGAAAACGUCCCCCUUGGUACUGUGGUGAUUCAGGUAAACGCUACUGAUUUGGACCAGGGUGCAAACGGCGAAAUAAUAUAUUCAUUUGGUAACGAAGUCGAUGUAAAAUUAAUGGACCUCUUUAGUAUCGACCAAAACACCGGUGAAAUUCAAGUGACAGGUCCGAUAGAUUUUGAGAAAAGUAAGAGUUAUGAAAUUGAUAUAAAGGCAUCUGAUAAGGGGCAAGUUCCACUGGCAUCUGACAAAAGUGUUAUGAUAACUGUGAUUGAUGUCAACGAUAAUGCUCCUGAGAUAGAGGUGACAUCGUUUUCAAGCUCCAUCAAGGAGGAUGCAAAAAUAGGAACUACAGUUGCUCUCAUUAGUGUCAGUGAUUUAGACUCUGGGAUCAAUGGUAAAAUAAUUUGCACAAUCAAAGAGGACGUUCCCUUCAUUUUAUCUCCGUCGCUACAAGAAAACAUGUACGCUGUUGUGACCAAGUCGCAGUUGGACAGGGAAGAGAUUUCUCAAUAUGAUGUCACAAUUACUGCGAAGGAUUCAGGUGACCCUUCGUUUUUAACUGAGAAGACUAUAAGCGUCGUCAUAUCAGAUGUCAAUGACAACAGUCCGGAAUUUUCAAUAAGCCCCUAUACAUUUUAUAUAAGUGAGAAUAACAGUCCGGCAGCCCCCGUGUUUUCAGUAAAGGCAUCGGAUCGUGAUGAGAGUGACAAUGCUCUCAUUUCAUAUCAUAUUUGCAGAGAUGAAAGAGGAGGUCAGUUGUCCUCGUUUUUAAACAUAAACCCUGAAAACGGGGAUAUUUUGGCGCUAAAAAGUUUCGACUUUGAAACACUGAAAACUUUCCAGUUCCACGUUGUUGCGUCAGAUUCCGGAACUCCGUCACUGAGCAGCAACGUCACAGUGAACGUGUUCAUUCUGGAUCAGAACGACAACGCUCCAGUCAUCCUGUAUCCAGUCAGCUCCAACGGUUCUGCUGAAGGUGUGGAGGAGAUUCCCCGCAACGUGAACGCAGGACACUUGGUGACUAAAGUCAGAGCCUAUGACGCUGAUAUAGGAUAUAACGGCUGGUUACUGUUCUCACUGCAGGAAGUGACUGACCACAGUCUCUUUGGUUUGGACCGCUACACAGGACAGAUCAGAACACUUCGCUCAUUCACAGAGACAGACGAGGCUGAGCACAAACUGAUCAUACUGGUGAAAGACAACGGGAACGUUUCUCUCUCAGCAACAGCUACUGUGAUUGUCAAACUCGUGGAGCCCAAAGAGGCUUUUGCAGCUUCUGAUGUUAAGAGUUCAACAAAAGCAGAUGAGGACAACAAUGUGACUUUUUACCUGAUGAUAACUUUGGGCUCAGUUUCAGCACUUUUUCUCAUCAGUAUCGUCGUGUUGAUUUCAAUGCAGUGCUCAAAAUCAUCCCCAGACUAUACUUCUAAAUAUCUACAAGAGACUAAUUAUGAUGGGACACUGUGUCACAGCAUCCAGUACAGAUCUGGAGACAAACGCUACAUGUUAGUUGGACCCAGGAUGAGUAUAGGAUCUACUAUAGUCCCAGGAAGUCAUGCGAACACACUGGUGCUCCCUGACAGGAGGAGGACAUCUGAGGAGGUAAGAUUAUUAAAGUGGCAAAUGUGAGGUCAUUUACUGAGUUCAUUGUUAACUGAACAUGAGAGCACUGAGUAAGGUUGUGCAUAUAUGGCAUUGUUGGCUUUGUUUAUUCCUAGCAAUUAUUAUUCCAUUUCCUUUU